AGAAAACGCUUCUUCAUUGCCUCAUUAUUACCAAAUCAUUUCACAAGCGUUUCUCUCAAAUUAGGGGUUUAUCUUUUUACCUCUUCGAAAUCGUCUCAAGAGUUUUUAUCGUUCAAAAAGUCUUUCGGUUUCCUGAAUCAUCUCUAUCUGAAGAGCGUGAAUGAGAUUAUGAUGGAAUCGAAAGGUGGUAAUAAAAAGUCGUCGUCUAGUAGUUCCUUAUUUUACGAAGCUCCCCUCGGUUACAGCAGUGAAGACGUUCGCCCCAACGGUGGAAUCAAGAAAUUCAAAUCUUCUGUCUACUCCAACUGCGCUAAGAGGCCAUCCUGAGUUGUAACGUGCACCGAGUCUCCUAAUAUUAGUUACCGCUUUUCCUUAUUUUCCAGUUUACAAUUUUACUUUCUUCUAAGCUCUGUUUCUGCUUGGUUCCCCAACCCAAUCGUUCUCUCCACCUACAAUGGCCUUAUCUGCAAUCGGUUUCGAAGG